AUGCAGGUCCACGCAGUGCCUGAUUCGGAGCGCGCAUUCGAUUCGACAGGGAGGAAGCUACCUUGGGCGUAUGAGUUCGCAGACUCCGACCAAAAUCAACGGCGCAUCCCAGAGGAGAGAGGACCGUUUGGCAAACCCAGACAACGCGGUACAUCACGAGCCAAAACCCCAACCACCAAAAGCGACGCCGACAAAGCCCAAAGCGAUAACCUCCGUGCAAUCGACGACAUCUUCGGCCGCUUCAAACAAGAAGAGGAGAAGAGACGUUCUCUAUCCGCCCGCCCAAACACUGCACUCCCACCCUCUGCAUCAGCGCCCAAUCUUAUUGACGCUAGCAACGGUCCAACUACGUCCUUCGGUCCUGGCGCAUCCGCCAGCGCAGCCCACUCCCGCGAGCCCAAAGAAGUCAUUCUCUAUGGCUACGGCCCAGACGCGCAAUGGGCGGCGAUAGCACACUACGAAAAAGUGUCCAAUGGCAUCAUCUACGAGGAAUAUGACCGUGAGCCGUACAAUAAUAAGUUCGGGUACGCGUUUGCCUCACAGCGUGCCUCGCAUUACCGGGCACUGUCCAAGUCUGCGCUGAGGAAAAUCAAUGAGUUUGUGGGCGGCGAUCACUGGAUCAAAGUGACAUUUGACAGUGCCGAGGCGGCGGAGAUGGCGUGCCAUUACAGUCCCAAGAGCAUACAGGGCUGGUUGGUGUACGCGGAAAUGUAUAGGGGUACUCCACCGACGAUUGGGGACGUGGCGUUACGGGCAGAGGCCGGCGGAGCCAGCCAGACUGCGUCGCCGAAUACAGUGUCGAGUGGAACUCUGAUGUCGGGCACUACCUCUACAUCGCAGUCUUCCACCACGGCGUCCUCGGCUACGGCAACAGCUGCAGCACCGGCUUCGCAUGCUGCAGGUCUCUCUCGCUCAAUCACCGAGCCAGCAUUCAUGCGAAGAAGCGGCGCAUUCCCUAUAAACGACUACGACACGCCGCUUGAUCAGGCACACAUCCCAUCAUCCCAAUCCCAACUCUUCAACAACAACAACAGCAACACCACCACCAACCAAAUCCCCACCCCCCAACCCCCCUCCAUCACUACAGCCACAAACCCCCGCCCAAACCGCGCAACCCUCCGCCUCAGAAACGCAAAACCAGCCCCCUUCCUUCCCCCAGAAAAAGCCUUCCUUCCCGCAAAACCCCGCUGGCAACAAACAUUUGGCUCCUGGCCUGUCCUCGGCUGGAUCAUUGGCUCCGGCCACGGCUUGAUUGGCGAUCAGGUGCCUAGGAAGGAAGACGGCUCCUUUGAUCUCGCGGGCGCGAGUUUGUACUGGCGGCUUUGGUAUAUGGUUGAUGGUUGUCUUGGAUCGGAUUUUUGUGGGGUGAGGGAUGCAGAGUAUGAUGAUUGA